AUGUCUCGCUACGCUGCUGUUCACGCUUGGGACAAGCUCGCCGGAGCUGGCGAUGCCCGCCCUACUGCCGAGCAGAUCAUCAAGGACGCCGGAAAGGAAGACCUCAAAGGCCAAGUCAUCAUCAUCACCGGCGUCUCCUCCGGAAUUGGCGGCGCCAGUGCCGUAGCCCUCGCUCCCACUGGAGCCACUCUCUACCUCGCUGGCCGAAGCAACGCCAAGGCCAGGGCCGCCCUCCCGACUAUCGCCGACCUUCCCAACGUCCACUUCCUCGAGCUUGACCUGUCGUCAAAUGCCAGCAUCAAGGCCUUUGCUGCCGAGUUCCUGAAGCAGUCCGGCGGCAAGCUCAAUGUCCUGCUCAACAACGCCGGCGGUGUCCUCGUUGAGCGCAAGGUCACCGCUGACGGCUUCGAGCAGCAGCUCGCCGUCAACCAUCUGGGCCCUUUCCUCCUUUUCGCCCUUCUCAAGGAUGCUCUGCUUGCAAGCGCAUCAGCCUCCAACCCCAGCCGUGUGGUCAACGUCACCAGCUACGGGCACCGCUUCGGAAACAUCAACUGGGACGACCUCAACUUUGAAAAGGGGGAAUACCCUUCCACACCCGCCUAUGCCCAGGCCAAGACGGCGAGCAUCUACACGGCCACGGAGAUUGACCGUCGCUACGGAGCCCAGAACCUCUUUGCCUGGAGUGUCCACCCUGGUGGCAUCGUGGAGUCGGCCUUUAUGGAUAACUCUGGAUACUCCAAGGAGGCCAUUGACGGCUUCAUGAGCGUUUGGCCUGCUAAGCUUUUCAAGAACAACACGCAGGGCGCUGCGACGCAAGUGUGGGCGGCGAUCAGCGAUGAUGUCUUGGCUCCCGAGGUCAGAGGAAAGUACCUGGAGGAUUGUAGUGUUUCAGUCCCCAUGGAGAAGUCAGAUGCGCCGGAUUGGAGGGGACACCCUGGUCAUACCUACGACGAGACUGCUGCAAAGAGGAUUUGGGAAGUUAGCGAGAAGUUGCUUGGAGUCAAGGCUUAG